AUGCCUUCAGCAUUGAGGAGGAAGUUCUUCUCGUCUUCUAUUGACCCGCAAGAAGGUAGUUCCAGCUCUGCUUCGGAAAUCGGAACCACUGAGAUGCACCUCCACGAUCCAGAGAGAUAUGGGUCCCACGGAGAUUCCAAACACGCACAGGAUGAGGUGACCGCCGACCAAGCCAGCGAGGAGGUUCCUAACGAGGAUGCCCAAGCUGGUGUCACACAGGCUGAGGCCAUCACACUGUCAUGGACCAAGAGCUCCAUGAUCGCAACUUAUGCACUGUAG